UUUUGCAUUUUUCCCAGUGUUCAGGUUACACUGGGUGGAGCACUCGGAGUUUACUGAGAGACACAACAGGCGAGCAAACAAGACGGUUUUACACUCCGAGCAGUAAACACACACACCACUGUUUUUCAGACAUGUUUCGUUGUGGCAUCGCGUAUCCCCGAUGCAGGUGGAUCCUGCCUCUUCUUCUGCUUUUUGCCAUCAUUUUUGAUAUAAUCGCCAUCGCGGCUCAGUCCGGAUGGGUGGAGGACGAAAACGCCAAGUCGCAUUAUGCCAGUAUGUGGGAUCAAUGCCGAGGCCGCAACGACGUCUGGAACUGCAAGUCUCUCAUGGAGUUCUCAUGGGCUCAGGCUGUCGCUGCGCUGAUGAUCAUCGGCCUCAUCAUCCUCAUCGUAGCCUUCAUCAUCUCCUGCGUGGCGCUCUGUUGUAGCCUUAAUAUUAUGCUGUUGCCACUAAUCGGAGCUCUCCUCCUGAUUGUCGCGAUAUUCCAGAUCAUCGCUCUGAUCAUUUACCCAGUGAAAUUCAACGAACAAAUCUUCGAAGGCAACUAUAACUACACUUGGGCGUAUGGUUUUGGCUGGGGAGCCACUAUCAUUGUAAUUGGCUGCACCAUCCUGUUCUGCUGCCUGCCCCGCUAUGAAGACAAUCUCAGUGGCCUUGCAAAGACCAAGUACAUCUACCAGUCAGCCUAGAAGCGUUCUCCAUCCAGCUAUGCCUCGUGCAAUCGCUCUCAGAACUGUUUGACUUCAUAGCAAUUUUAAAGCUCCAAACAGGAAUUGGCACAGUCUGCUCAAGAUAGGAUCAAUGUCUACUUAAAGAGAAUAUGGGAUACAUGAACAGUAUUUUCUGCCUUAACAAGGAUUAUUUAUAGUAACACGUUUUGGUUUUUUUUUGUUUUUUUUAACGAAGACUUCACCAUGCAUGCUCUGCCGAUACUGGUGGUAGCUACUUUUAUGUCUUUCAAGGCCACAUUUCAGUUUUUAUCACUGCUUUAUGAUAUGAUUUACCUUUUUCUGUUCCAUGUAGACACAAAACCAGUGGAUCCUUAUAAAAGCACCAGGGUAGAAAUUUUAGGGUUGCCUACAAGCUGACCAUUUGAUAAAGACCACUUUAUUACAAAUAACUCUUUGCUAUAUCUUUAUCUUCUGUUUAAAAUUAGUAUGUUUUCAGAUGCCCAAUUCUUAUAAUUGAAUAAUAACUCAUGUAGACUUGCACAGACGUUCUAGUAGCCAGCAUUAAAAAAAAAAAAAAUAUUGCAAAGUAAAAGUAUUACAAGAACUGACUUGUGUUUUAGAAACAUUCUCAUAUUGACCAUAUAGAGAUUACAUUCCUGAUAGAAUAUUUUAUAAUGCUACUGUUCUCAAAUGCUGUAUAGAUUAUAUGUGGUGUGAAUGGACUAAUGAAUGUUUCUGUUGCUUGGGCAACUGCCUUUUACAUUGACAGAACUUGUGUGUGUGUGUAUGUAUAUAUAAAUAUACAUACAUAGAGGUUAGGGAUAAGUCAUCUGUAGUACAACACUGCAAAAUAUUCUAACGGGUUUCCAGGUUUUUAUAAAGUUUUCCUACUUUUUUUUAACUACUUUGUUAACACUAACCAUGCUGUUGUCAUAGGUUCGCAAUAUUUUGUCUAGUGCUUAUUGCAAAACAAUACAUAAUAAAGGGAGACCAGUCUGUUUUAAUACCAA